AACCAAAAGCAAUGCGACACAACCAAAGAAACAUGUUUUCUUGGAACGCUUGGUUUUCUACUAGGUAACCUUCAACAUCGCAUCGCUUCGUCCCUUCCUUUCGCACUUCCACCGCUAUUCACUUCCUGCCAUCCGGGAUCAUCGUUGCUGGAGAUCGCAUCACUCGGAAAAAUGUUUCCGAACCAUUCCUAUCACAAAAUGAAAACCGAGAAUCCUCGAUCCAGCCGCAUCAGCAACAACGUCGAUGACCACGACGCCAAGCACACAUUCAGCCACGACCACACUACCAAAAAGACAAAGUCCACCGUCACCAUGAAAGUCAAGCAAGUCCGAAACUGGUUGUCCGAGCGCAGCGACCACAGCGGUAGCUACCGCCACCUCGGAAAGGACGAAGGGGGGGAAACAAUCGCGAGCGGGCACCACCACAAAAUCGGUUGCGGCGAUGGGAUCCAUCGCGGCGGGGACAAGGAAGGAGACGGGUUUGACGAUGCGUUGUUCGGAACGAUCGAGUCCAAGCCUUCCACCGCGUCCACCGCCACCAGCACCGACGUCAUGGCGGACGGCGGCCGCGACGACGAGGAGGAGUUCUUUGCGGUUACCAAGGGGGGCGACUACCGCCGGGAUUGUUCCGGCGAAGCCACCGUCACCGGCAGGGACCACCUCCAACUCCUGAAAAAGCAGGCACCGGUGGUGCAAACCGAGCGGGGGCACGCUGGUUUGUUUCCGCCGCCGUCGUCGUCUUGCUCCUCCGCAUCGUCUUGCUCGAGCGGCGGCGGAAGCUCGGAGCCACACAACGACCCCAACAACACCUUUGACGGCCGCGGCCAUGACAAGCACGGGGCUUUUUCCACGCUUUCCGUCGGUCGGCUUGCCCUGACCAAGGCCGCCCUCGACGCCAUGAGCGGGGUUUCCGCCGGAGACGAACCGCCGCGGAAAACCCUCGGCGAGCACCUGCUGGAACUCGACGCGCGAAGGGACCAAGGCAAGAGCGACGGGAAAGGAGAGAACCACAACAACAAGGCCAGCGAUAGCGACAGCACCGGCGACGACACCAGCACCGACAGCAAGGUCCCCUCGAUCGCCCCCGGGGUCCUGGUCUCGAAAAUGGCCGCCGUCUUUUUGAACAACGGCGGUCACAGCGAGGCGAGAGAGGCUCUUUUACUAGGGGAAGCCCCCGCGGGUCCUUUCGUGGAACGCCGCCGGUACGUCGAUCCCAGGGAGCUCCCGUUUCUGAACGGUGCCGGCAGCUUCCAGGACCGCCAGAACAAGGGUCCUUGCCCGGCUGCUUCGGCCAAACCCGGCCUCGCCCCCCCGCCUCCCACCACCGCCUUUGGCAAGGGGAUGCGAACCUUUGGGAAGAACCACAAGAAGAAGACGCUCAUCGAGCGCCGCAAGGAAGAACUGCACGAAAAGUUCGAGGGCAACCGGGCGGUGACCUUUGUCAAGAGAAAGACCUGGUCGCAGAAGACGGCCCACGGGGUCUACCAGCGCAGGACCGUUGUGGACAAGGUCUACCAGGAGAACGUCUACAAAUAAACACGGUGCAUCAUCGAAGCGAAGACAAGACAAGGACAACAACAAUGAUUCAUGGGUGGUGCCGAACAAAUCGAGGCGAGCGAAGCCAAUGCAAGCAAGCAGACGAGUGAAAAAAGCGAUCUGCACAAAAUCCAUCGCAACAGAAGUCGUCGUCCGGAAUGGCAUCUAUUACACACACGACGAAACUUUUCUUGUUGUUGGUCGUGGUGCUUCGACGAUGUCCGUCCGGACGCGUGUAGGAAGAGUGAGAACAAAAAUUUGUGAACAACACUACUAGUAGUCUAGUAAAGAAACAAAUACUUC